CAUACUAUUCUCUUCUUUUUCUAAUUUUCUUUUAAUUAGGGACAAAUUAAGCAAAUGGAAAAGAUUUUCUUGACAAAUUACAAAAAGCUAUAUAUAGUCGAGAGAGAUUCAACUUUACUAGUGGUAUCGUGCGAUGCACGGGCUAGUUUUAUUAUAUAUAGAUGACUGCGUCGACGUUAUUUAGGUUAGACAGAAAAUGGCUACUCAUAAGAGCGAAGGAAAAUCAGGAAUGGACGCGAAAGAUAUCGAAGAAUUUAAAGCCUUCUUGGACUAUUGCAAACAAAACCCUUCUGUUUUACACACUCCAGCUCUUGCCUUUUUCAAGAAUUUUCUCCAAAAGCUGGGUGCUCGAGUUCCAGAGUCGGGAAAAAUGGGUAAAAAUGGAGAGGGCAAUCAAGAUGCUGAGGAAUUUGAAUCUAAAAAGCCAAAUGUAUUGGGUGGUGAUGUCUCAAAUGAUGACAUUAUCGAAUCUGAUAUUGAGUUGGAUAAGUCUGAUGUUGUUGAGCCUGACAAUGAUCCUCCCCAAAAGAUGGGCGACCCUUCACUUGAAGUGACUGAAGAUAAUCAAGAAGCUGCUCAGCUAUUGAAAGCAAAAGCUAUUAAUGCAAUGGCUGAUGGUAAGCUUGAUGAAGCCAUAGAUCAUCUUACAGAAGCAGUAUUGUUGAAUCCAAAGUCGGCGAUAUUAUAUGCAAAUAGAGCUAAUGCCUUUGUCAAACUAAACAAACCAAAUGCUGCAAUCCGAGAUGCUGAUGCAGCUUUGCAGAUCAACCCUGACUUAGCAAAAGGAUAUAAAGCCCGGGGAAUGGCUAGGGCUAUGUUGGGCUUAUGGGAAGAGGCCGUUUCUGAUUUGCAUGUAGCUUCGAGAUUGGAUUUCGAUGAGGAGACUGGCUUGAUCCUCAAGAAAGUUGAACCUAAUGCAAAGAAAAUUGAAGAGCACCGCCGAAAGUACGAACUCCUCAGGAAAGAGAAGGAGCUGAAAAAAAUCGAGCUCGAAAAGAAGAGGCAACAAGUUGCUGAAGCUGCCGCUACCUUCAAAGAUGGGGAAAUAAUCGAGCUCGAUUCUCGCAAAGAUUUAGAAGAAAAGCUGAGCGCGGCAAAAAAGGCUUCAAGGCUGGCAAUCAUCUAUUUCACUGCCAAAUGGUGCGGGCCAUGCCGUUAUGUUUCUCCAGAAUUAACUAGCUUAGCCCAAAAAUAUCCGAAAGUUGUGUUUUUAAAAGUCGAUAUAGACAAGUCAUCUGAUGCAGCUAUUGCAUGGAAUGUUAGCAGCAUUCCCAGCUUCUUCUAUGUUAAAAACGGCCCCAAACGACACGAUCCGUCUGGAUCAGAAGCCGACGGAUCUAAAAAAGCUGAGAUGAGUGGAUAUUAUCCUAUUUUGGAUGGUCCAAUUUCUGAUGAAAUUGAUGAGUCUGAUGUUGAGUUGGACGAUUCGGAUGUGGUGGCGCCUGAUAAUGAUCCUCCUAUGGGAGAUCCUACUGUUUCUGUGACUGUCGAAAAUCAAGAAUCCGCUCAAAGAUCAAAAUUAAGGGCCAUGAAAGCCGUUUCUGUAGGUGAGCUCGACAAAGCCAUAGAUCUUCUAACCGAAGCAAUCAAAUUGAAUCCAAGUUCGGCUGUGUUAUUCUCAAGCAGAGCUGCUGUCUUUGUAAAACUGAAAAAACCAAAUGCUGCAAUUCGAGAUGCUGGAGCUGCGUUAAAGAUUAAUCCCGAUUUAGCAAAAGGAUACAAAGCACGAGGUAUGGCAAGGGCACUGUUGGGCUUAUGGGAAGAAGCAGAUACUGAUUUGGAUAUGGUUUUAAAGUUAGAUUUUGACGAGGAGACUAGUGAGAUAUCCGAAAAGGUUAAACUAAAUGUUGCAAAAAUUGCCGUGCAUCGUGAGAAAUACGAACGUAUUAGGAUGCAACAACGCAAGAAAGGAGAAAACACUGGUGCAACACUGAAGAACGGAGAAGUGAUUAGGAUCCAAAAUGCCGAAGAUUUGGAUGCUUAUCUGGAAGUUGCUUUAGAAUUAUCUCGUCUAGCCGUUGUUUACUUCACUGCAGUGUGGUGUGGGCCUUGUCGAUACAUUGGCCCAGCAUGUGAAAGAUUGGCUUCGAAAUUUCGGAAUGUUAUGUUCUUGAAAGUUGAUGUUAAUGAGGCUAAGGGAGUGGCUGCAGAGUGGAAUGUUGGAAGUAUUCCGAGCUUUCAUUUGUGGGAAUGUGGUGUGACUGUUGAUCAGGUCACUGACUGCAAUAUGUACUCGCUCGAAAAGAAAAUCGCACAGUAUAGCGCGUGAUGAAUAGUAUCUACUCG